AUGAAACCAUCUAAACUGCAAGAUCAUCUGAGAAGAUGCCACCCUGAUAAAACAGAGAAAGAUUUGAAAUACUUUCAAACACUCAAAGAUAAAUUUCAGAAGAGACCUACACUGGACAGAAUGUUCGCUUCGACGUCACAAAGAAAUGAUGAUGGUUUGCGGGCGUCUUACAAUAUCUCGUUACUUAUAGCAAAAUCCGGAAAACUGCAUACUAUCGGAGAGAAGUUAAUUUUGCCAGCCGUUGAAGAGGUUUUAAAAACUGUUUUACACAAACCUGCAUCUGAUAUCAUUAAAAGAAUUCUCUUAAGCAACGAUACUGUUGAAAGACGUAUUGAUGAAAUGAGUUCUAAAAUUGAAAGCUUCUUAUGUAAUUAUUUGCAAACGACCCAUUUCUCUAUACAACUGGACGAAUCAACUUUACCUGAUAAUGCAGCAUUAUUAUUGGCAUAUGUUCGUUUUAUUAUGAAGCAAGAAAUCUACGAAGAACUGCUCUUCGCAAGAACUUUGAUAACCGACACUAAAGAUUUUGAAUCUAGGUUUGAGGAUAUUUUGACUAUGGUAAUACCACCGUGGAUAAUUAAUCCAUAUGGUGACAUAGAAGAAACGAAUGUCAUAAUACAAGAGGAACUGACUGAACUAAGUACAAACGAAGAACUUAAGGUUCAGUUUAAAAACGGAUAUCAGCAAUUCUGGCUGCAAAACAACAUACCCGUUACUUAUCCCGUUGUAAUUCAUCCAGUUUGUUAA